GGUGAAGGAAUGGCGCUCCAUCUCGCGCGGCCGCCGUUCCUCCCCGCUCGCCUACCGCCGCCGCGCCGCCGUGCCCGGCCUCAUUCCGUAUCCCCCUCGGCGGACGCGCGGAGCCCGAGCUUCAGGAGGCCGUACACCUCCGUCCUGGUGGUCCCCACGGGCGUCGGCGCCGCCGUCGGGGGCUUCGCCGGCGACGCCCUCCCCGUCGCGCGCGCCCUCGCCGCCGUCGCCGACUGCGUCAUAUCCCACCCCAAUGUGCUCAACGCCGCGAUGCUGUACUGGCCGAUGCCCAACGCGCUGUACGUGGAGGGAUACGCGCUCGACAGGUUCGCCGAGGGCGCCUGGGCUCUUCAACCAGUCCACCAAAACAAGGUAGGAUUGGUGCUGGACGCCGGCAUCGACGAGGAGCUGCGGCUCCGCCACCUGCAGGUCGCGGAUGCCGCAAGGGCUUCGCUCGGCCUCCCCGUGGUUGAGUACACCGUCACAGAUGCUCCUCUGGAGAUCAAGACGUGGUUCGAUCCGAAAUGCGGGAAAUCGACGGGGAGUGUUGGGAACUCCGAUUCUCUGCUGAGAGCGGUUGACGCGCUAGUGGAACAUUCGGGCGUGAAUGCUGUGGCAGUUGUUUGCCGCUUUCCGGAUGAUGAUCCAGAUGAUUCAGACUGUUAUCGUGAAGGAAAGGGAGUUGAUCUGUUAGCAGGAGUCGAAGCAAUCAUCAGUCACCUAAUUGUGAAAGAAUUCAAAAUCCCUGCUGCUCACGCUCCUGCGGUGUUACCCCCACCACUCAGCACAUCAUUGUCCCCGAGAUCUGCUGCAGAAGAGAUUGGAUAUACCUUUCUACCGUGUGUGCUCGCCGGGUUAAGCAGUGCUCCACAGUAUGUGACGAGGAGGCAUGGGACCUUGGACAAUGGCUGCAUAGUGGCUAGUGAUAUCGAUAGCGUGAUUAUUCCAAAAGACGCAUGUGGAGGUGAUGGUACUCUUGCUUUUGCUCGCACUGGAAGAAAGAACAAGCCCUUGAUCAUUACUGUUCAGGAAAAUGAGACAGUCCUUGAUGAUACCCCAGAUAAAUUUGGUAUAGAAGCGCUGAAUGUUCAGAACUACUGGGAAGCAAUUGGAGUAAUUGCUGCUCACAAGGCAGGUGUCAAUCCAAAUGCUCUUCGAAGACACGGAAUUGAGCAUCUUAAGAGCCAUCAACGAAUGUACUCUGGAUGUUCUUCUGGUUCCCGGCCAUAUUCCUCUUCUCCAAUUCAGGAUAAAGUGUAUGUACAUCAGUUAGCUUGAUAAUUUAGUAGAGGAGAAAUCAGUUUUGACAAAUAGGUGGCUCCAAAUUUUGAAGUCACGUCACAGGUACAUAUUCCACAAUAAUAGUACGUAGCAUAUUUACAUGUAACACCAAUUUUAUUUGAUCGUCACCCUUGAGGAAUUAGGCGGGUGACAUCUUUCUCCAUUGGCUUCAUGUCUGCAGUCUGACAAUCUGAUCAUAUAUUAUAAGUCUGUUUUCUGAUUGAAA